UUUCUUGAGAAUGUUGGACUUCAGUGAAACGUCAGAAAGCUGCGACAUUUUUAGCUUCUUUUGACACGAGCAGCAAUGUCCAGUCCCGAUUAGUAUAAAGCAUUUGACACUUUUGUUGUUUUUACGGUAAUGUUUUUACAACAUUUACUUCCGGUAUAGCAAUGAAAGCCUUCAACAACUAAGUGCCGUUCACAUCUACUUCCGGCUUCAAUAUGCCUAAACUAUUCGACAUGAAGUUUCCAGAGGGAUGCGGGACCCUCCCUGAUGGGUUCUGGUCGGCGGUGGACGUGUGGGUUAAAAAGCCUCAUGUUGUGAACAAGCGUCUCUGUGGCGUUAAAGAGACGGAGGGCAGACAAGCGGACGGAGAAGACCUGCGGUUCCUGCUGGACGAUGAUGAAGAACUCUUUAAAGAUGUGAUGUUGUUCCUCUGCAGCAGCAGUGGUGCGUCAGCAGCACACCAUCAGGACACACCCUGGUCUUUCACCAGCAGAACGUUCAUUCCCAAAGUCAGCUGUUACGGCUCAACCUCGCAUAAAGAGGUCAUACUGAAAGACUUUGACAGACAGCAGGUGACUUUUCUACCAUUCGAGGAGGCUGCAGGAGGGAAAGUGUCCUUAAGGAGAGGCAACAUUUAUCAGCUGAGGCUCUGCAGCGAGGAGUGGACUUUACAGCUCCACGUGUUGACGUCAGACUCCUGGUUUUCUGAUGGUGUGGCCUACCCCAGGCUGUCCUGGCUGUCCUCGGAUCUGCUGCCUAAGCUGGUGCACUGGGCCGCCGAGUGCAGGACCAGUGAGUUCAGGAGUACGCUGUCUCUGCUGCCGGUGGAGAAGUACAGCCUCCUGUACCAGCAGCUGAAGGAGAAGUACAAGGCCAUGGUCAAGGUUUGGCCUGAGGUCACGGAUCCUGAGAAAUUUGUGUAUGAGGACGUUGCCAUCGCUACAUACCUCCUGGUCCUGUGGGAUGAGGAGAGAGCAGAAACAAAUCUGACCCUCCCGCAGUCCUUCGUGGAUCUCGGCUGUGGAAAUGGCCUCCUGGUUCACAUACUGACAAACGAAGGGCAUCCUGGUAGGGGUCUCGAUGUUCGGAGGAGGAGGAUCUGGGACAUGUACGGCCCUCAGACCGUGUUAGAGGAAAAGGCAAUUACUCCCAGCGGGAGCUUCUUGUUCCCGGCUACAGACUGGCUGAUUGGGAACCACUCGGAUGAGCUCACGCCGUGGAUCCCCGUUAUAGCAGCCAGGUCCUCUCCGUCCUGCCGCUACUUUGUCCUCCCCUGCUGUUUCUUUGACUUCUAUGGCAAAUACCAGAGGCGCCAGAGUCAGAAGUCUCAGUAUAAAGAAUACAUCGACUUCAUCGCAGAGAUCAGCCGCAUCUGUGGCUUCAACACCGAGGAGGACUGCCUGAGAGUCCCCUCCACCAAACGUGUGUGUCUGGUGGGAAAGUCGAGGAGCUACGAGCCGUCCGACGAGGCCGAGUACGAGCAGCAAAGAGCUCGUUACAUCCAGAGCCGCCAGACCUCCCCCGUGGUCCCAAUCCAAAGGUCGGAGGUCAAACCUGCUGGUAGUGCGUGGGGAGCUGGCUUCCAGCCUAGAGAGAGAGUCGAAACUGUGAGAAACUGCGCCGCUCUCCCACGGGACUUUGUGGACAGAGUUGUCCUGCAGGUUGCUGAUGUCCUCCUGGGAAUGAGCGGCGGAGCGUCCUGCAGCGACUGGAACAAAGGAGGCAGCCUCUCUGUGAGGGAAGUAGCAGAGUUAUUGGAGCAGGAAACCCUUCAGCUGCUGAAGAAGGAGUGUGGAGGUCUUCAAACACUUCUCAAGAACAACCACCAGGUCUUUAGAGUGGAAGGAGGGAGAGUCUACAUAAGAGACUGGCGGGACAGGAAGUCCACCAGGACAGAAACCCAGAGGACAGCCAUCGCCCCUGGUGCUCUGAAAACACGCCUCUGCUGGUUUGAUACCCACCACCCUCAGGGCUGCCCCCUGCUGGUCCAACACUGUGCCUUUGCCCAUGGACAAGAUGACCUCCGACCCUCCACCAGACCUCUAAAGAAGAUAAAGAACUUUGUUUUUGAUGUUUCACUGGAAAACUUAAUUUAAACUUUUUUUUAAAUAUUGCUUUUAAUUUAACGAAUGUGUGUUUUGACUGAGGGUCUUUUUUGAUUUGAGAUUUGUGUUUAUAAACAAGAUUACAGAGA